AUGGAAAUGAUUUUUCUUUUGACUGGCUGGGAAUUUGCUCGAGACGGCGAAAAAGCAACCGACUUCGCCAGGAUUUGUCAUGCCCUCGGAGUAGAGUUUGACCUUAGUCUUGCUCGCGACCGUAUCCUGUCCAUUGGUAAUACUGAAGCACGAAAGCAGGAGUUGAUCGAGCACAUCGAUCGAAUGCUAGUCAACGGUUGCAUGUCGAGGCAUGAAUCCCUCGUCCUUCGAGGGAGGUUAGGGUUCGCUGACAGCUUUGUUCACGGAAGGUUGGGCAAGAUGGUUCUGAACAGGAUUGUUGAACACGCCUAUGGCACAGAAGCUCGCAUUGGCAAGCCUCUCGAGAGUGCGCUGACCUGGAUGCGCCACCGACUUCUCACCUGCAAGCCCAAGAGAAUAGACUCGACUGAUCUGCAGCAAUUCUUUGUUUACACUGAUGCGGCUUUUGAACCAGAAACCUCCACCGGAGGCUUGGGCGCUGUACUGGUGAGUGGAGAUGGCAUUUGCAUUGCUUGGUUUGGUAUCUUCCUUGAUUCCAACUUGUGUGAGGUGUUUGGAUCCUCUCGGAAAGACACGAUCAUUUAUGAGCUGGAAGAACUUUGCUUUUGGAAACCUGACGGUGCACUUUGGAGACAAUGA